ACCAACAGACUAUGACGGAACGGCCGUGUCGUGGACCCCACAGCGACGUUGCCAAGUUUGCGGGUCACGCGUCGGAACCACUUGGCUUUUAUCUGUCCGUUAGAUAGCGCCAACUGCACUUAGGAAUGAAAUUUGCAUUCCGUACGCCAAAAUCACGAUUCACGACCGAAUUCCGAUAUCGAAUAGUGUACGAAAUAUUAUUUGGACUAAAUCGAAAAUGGACAAUACGCCUGUUAUUAGUUUGUCAUCGAAAGCACUUGCAAACGUUUUAGAACUUAUCAAAAUGAUGACUGGACUAAAAAACUUCAAUGAAGUCUAUUUGAAAUACGCUCAAAUAUUAAAUAAUUUGAAUGACGUAUAUUAUGAAUAUCCUAAACAGUCAGAUGUUGAGUAUUAUGUUAAAGGAUUAAUAGAAAAAUAUCAUGUUCAAGGAUUUCCGUUGGAAGCUAAGGAAUUUGAAAUGCGUAUUGAUCGAUUUAUUAAUUUCUCAAAUAUCGAUAAUCGCUCUAAACUAUCAUCUGAUGUUGUAAAAUGGGCAAUCAUAGGGACAAUAAUCAAUAUGGCUAAUAAUCCUUGUGGAUCUAGAAAUGCUUUCCGCAAGACUAAUUUAGACACAGUCAGAAUUGAAUUAGAAGGUGAAACUGCAGUACUUGGAGAUUCGUGGAAAGCUAAUUUUAUACAAGAGUUACUAAGCAUUGGUAGGACUUCUUACUAUAUAGAGUCUGAUUCAGAAUCAGAAUAUGAAGACGAGACUGAUUUUUGUUCAUUAAGUGCUGUAUCACCACAGAAUUUUAUAGUUAAUAGAAUAAAAGAUAGAAAUAAUUCUCUUUCUAGUAGGGAGUAUCUUAAAUUAGUUUUUUUCCACGAGAAUAUAGCUAGAAAAUUAUUGAUAAAACGAGCUUCUCAAUUUUGGUGGCUUAAUAAAUCUGAAAGAAUUGCUGAAGACGGGCAAUAUUCUUUUUAUUUUUAUUUAAAAAAAUACACAAAUAACAAAAUAUUUAAAAUUGUAGAUGAUAAUUUUAUAAUACUUGAGUGUUUAAAAAACAAUUUAAUUAUAUCAUAUAUUCUUCAGUACAGUUUAGAAGAACAAAGUAAAUUAUUUGGAUGGAUGAAUAUUUCAUCAUCUAUAUCACCUGAGGUAUUUAAUAGAUGGAUUUUAACUAUUUCACAAUACAUAAAAAAAUUUAAUCAUCUAACAACAUUUACAUGCCAUUUAAAAGGACUAAAAAAAAUACCCUAUACAUUAAGAGCCUAUGCUAAAGGAUUGGAGUCUAUUUUAGAACCAAUAAUUAAUAAAAUGGGUCUUAUUGAGAAUAGAAUUAAAAAUGGUGUCAGCCACGACACAUUAUUAUCAUUUGAAGAAGAAAUGUAUAUGCAUUUUCACAUUAUUUCUUAUAUUUAUUCUGUACAUUCAAAAGCUAUAGAUUCAAACUGGGACUCUACCGAUAACUGGAAAACUUCAAUUAAAUUAAUUUCAGUAUUGUUUUGGUCCAUACAAACUGCAAUUAUUGAUUACCAAAAAUUAAUUGUUGUGACAUUGUUCUUGUAUGCAUUUGAACCUUAUGUACAUAUGACAGAAUUAUGGAUUCAUGCUGGACAGCUAGUUGAUGAAAAUAACGAAUUUAUCAUAAACAAUUAUGAAGGAGACAGUAGUAUAGCAUUCAAUAUAGUCUUUAAAGAUAUACAUGGAUAUUUAAAAGAUUGUAAUUUAUGUGUACCACCAAUUCUUGAAUAUUUAAUACAUUUUUUAAAUAAUUGUGAUUGGAAAGUGUUUGUAGCAUCAGAAAUAAGUAAUGAUGCUAUUGCCUUGUGUGAAGUGCCUAGAGGUGAACUAUUUAAUAGUUUUUUAAUUGAAAUAAAAAAUUCUAAUGACUUAUGGGAAAAUUAUAUUAAUCCUUUGAAUGAAUAUAAUCCUUCCAACUGGAAUAAAUUGCCAUUGUUAGCAACAGCUUGUGUCCAUUAUAAAUUUACUGAUAAAUCAACUUUUGAAUUGACCAUACCUUCAAGUUAUGAGAUGGUAGAUAUGUUUUUAUUGGUUAUUAAAAAAGCUAUAAAUAACAUUGGACUGGAAGUUGGAGAUAUUGUUCUUAAAAAAAAUAAAUUUGUGUAUCAUUUGAAGAAUUUGUAUAAUAUAAUUUUUUUGGAAGAUGUAAAUAAAUCUGUUCAAAUUGAUCGAAUUAUGGAAUAUAAGAUUGAGCGCAAUUCAUUUUUGAACAAUUGUUUUUAUUCACUUCUUAGUGAUGAUCAUAGUUCAAUUUUAUCUAGUAAUCAUUCGUGUAAUUUAUCACUGAACUAUAAAACAGAAAAAAAUAAUUUUUUUGGAGAAAAUGAUGUAUUCAAAGAUAAUUUUGCCGAUGAACUUGAACGCAUUACAAUUACAUAUGAUGUAAAAUUUCCAUUAAGCCUUAUUUUAACCAACGAGGUGAUAUUUAACUAUAACAAAAUUUUUCGUUUAUUAAUAACAGCCAAGCAAGCUGUAGCAAUGAUCUCUCAGUUACAAACUAAAGAUUUAAAUAAGUAUAAUUACUCAUUAGAUGUGAAGCGAAUGUAUUUUAUUAGAUUAUGGAUUAUGUCAACUACUUAUAAACUACAAACAUACUUCUUCAGUGUCGCAUCAAGAUAUCUGGGUUCUAAACUAUUUGAUAGUAUUAAAAAUGUAAAAAAUGGUUUAGAAGCUUUUGAAAAGGUACUAGAAGAUCAUGUUAGCCAGGCUAUUAGAUUAUGCAUGCUAAGUGGUUCAAUGGAAAAAUUUUCUUAUGAGUCAUUGGCAUUGUUAUGGAAUGCAUGUGAGCAAUUUACAAAAUUAUGGAUAAAAAGUGUAACAGAUGAUAGUAUUGAUGUUGAAUUGAUGGAAAAAAUUGAAGAAGAAUAUGUAGAUUCUUGUUGGAAAUUAGCCAGUAGUUUGGAUACAUAUCUUUUAUCUGAGGACGAUACAUCUAGUAUUUUAUUUGAAUUUUGUCGAGAUUUUAUGUCAAGUAUGCCCACCAAAGAAUCAGCUGAUCUUGAUGGUAGCUUGGUUUACAAAUUGAGUGAUUCACAGAAUCGAUAUUCUUUUACAUAUAUUUGAACAUCAUUAUUAGAAAUUUAAAAUAUAGUUUAUUAUGAAUAACGUUUAUUUAUACUUUUUCACUUAAAUGAACCAGUUGUCAAAUAAUGUAAAAAAAAAGUUGUUAUUUUAUAAUAUUUUUUUUUUUUUUUUG